AUAUGUAUUUGUGUGAUAGCAGUGCCGGAGUGGGUGUCGUGUAAAAAGUAUGAACCAAACUGGGAAUCGUUGGACAGUCGACCGCUGCCCGAGUGGUACGACUCGAGCAAAAUCGGGGUUUUCCUUCAUUGGGGCGUAUUUUCUGUGCCCUCUUUUAUCAACGCUUGGUUUCCUUAUAGCUGGAAAGUGGACCAUGGUCAAGCUUACAUAGAUUUCAUGGCCAAAAACUACAAGACUAAUUUCACCUAUGCCGAUUUUGCCGCCCAAUUUACUGCCGAGUUUUACGAUCCCGACCAUUGGGCCGAUAUAUUUAAAGCAUCUGGCGCUAAAUACGUAGUGUUGACCACUAAACACCACGAGGGCUACACUUUGUGGCCAUCAAAGUACUCGUCCAACUGGAACGCUAUGGAUGUGGGCCCUAGUAGAGACCUCGUUGGUGAUUUAGCGACUGCGCUGCGCAAACAGGACCUAAAGUUUGGUGCUUAUCACUCGUGGAUGGAAUGGUUACACCCCCUGUAUAUGGAGGACAAGGCCAAUAAAUUUAAGACACGAACAUUUGUGACGACAAAAUCCCGACCCGAGAGGGAAGAGUUGAUAACCCGCUAUAAACCGGACCUCUUGUGGUCGGACGGCGAAUACGAGUCGCCCGAAGAGUACUGGAAUAGUACCGACUUUUUGGCCUGGCUUUACAACGACAGUCCCGUUAAAGACACUAUUGUGACAAAUGAUAGAUGGGGUUUAGGCACCAAUUGUAAGCAUGGUGGCUAUUGGAGUUGCAACGACAAAUAUAACCCUGGUGUUGUGCAGCCUCAUAAAUGGGAAAACGCUAUGACAAUCGACAGUCACGCCUGGGCUUAUAGACGUGAAGCAGUGUUCGCCGAUUUUCUAACCCCCAAACAGAUUAUGCUAACUCUUAUGCAAACUGUCAGUUGUGGUGGAAAUCUAUUGAUAAAUGCCGGGCCCACACAUGACGGCAGGAUUACCCCCAUCUUCGAGGAAAGACUCAGACAAAUGGGUUCGUGGCUUAAGAGGAAUGGAGAGGCUAUAUAUGGCUCGAAGCCAUGGGUCCAUCAAAACGAUACCAUCACUCAUGAUGUCUGGUAUACGACUAAUAAGGGAUACGUUUACGCGUCGGUACAUAACUGGCCCACAACUGGACGGGUAGUGUUGGGUGCGCUCAAGUAUAGCACUGUUAAAUCCGUCCAACUGUUGGAUCUUAAGGAUAGUCUGACGUUCACUGAAGUGAAGACCAGCGGAUCAACUGAAGUGACUUUCCCUGUACUCAAUCCGGACAGUGAUAUUCAAUGGGCGUAUGUCUUGAAGAUUACCACAAAAUAA